UGUGAGCACAUGUGUUUAUAUUUGUUUGCCGGUUUUUAUUUGCAAAAUUGUUUAUUUGUGAAAUUUGUGAAUUAUUUGGAUAUUUAAAAGUUUUCCUUGUGCUGUUUCAAUAAUCAAGUGUCAUGGCUUCCACCGAUUGUCUGCAAUUGAACAAAACAGCCAUGUUUGCUAAGAUACGCGAAAGUUUGGCAGCUGAAAAGCAUUUGUACACCCAGAAUUUGGUGGAAUGCAAAGAUGAUUUGUUGUACUGUUGGGACUCCAAGGAAUCAUGCUUAUUGGUCCUGAACUGGAGGGCAACAUCGACCAGGGGUUUGGAUCAAAUCAAAUAUCAGACCUUGGUUCCCUCAAUACCCUUUAGUUUUGAAGUUGAACGCAUUGUGGCUUCCAAUGAGGGCUCUUUGGUUGCCUUGGCUGGCCUAAAAGGUCUUUGCAUUAUGGAAAUGCCAAGACGCUGGGGUGCAAAUGGCCAGUAUAUGGAUGGCAAAUCAAGGAUCACCUGUCGUACCUCUAAUUUGGAUGGUCACUUCUUUACAAAUAAUCCACAUUUGGAAUUACGACAAUUACGCUGGCAUCCUGCCUCACCCACCGACUCUCAUUUGUUGGCUCUUUUGUCGGACAAUACCAUAAGGGUUUAUGAUAAUUCAUCGUUGCGCCAUGUUUGGCAAGUGGGUCCCAUACCAUUGAAAACGGAUGGGAAUCUCAAUCCCUCCACUGUGUAUGCUUUGGGUGAAUCUGCUGUGGAUUUUGAUGUUGCACCAGCUGUAAAUGUGGCCGAAAUGCAAAUGAAUACGACCAAUACAACCAUAAACAAGGAUCAAACAGUGCUAAUGAAUAGUACAAGACUUAAUCAGAAUACAAAUAAGACCAUAAUAAUGAAUGAAACUAAGGCUAAUGCCACCAAAAACCAAGAAAAGAUUGAAUGGCCCAUAGUGAUCCUUAGAGAGAAUGGCAAUAUAUAUGUAUUAAUGUCAGGCUUGGAUACAGAAAGACCCCGUUUACAAGGACCCAUUACCAUAACACCCUCUACUGUGGAUAAUUAUGGCUUAGAUUCUUGUUCCAUUUUGGUAAUACCCUCUUUGCCACCUACAUUAGUUAUAGCUGAGUCUAAUGGUAAACUUCAUCACGCUUUGUUUUUGGAAGCUGAAAAUGCCGAAGAUUCUUUCAAUGAAGUGGAUGAUAGUCUUAAUAUACAUCCCUCCGAAUGGACUGUCCAUGUCUUAGAAACUGUGGAACUGGAAUUGGGGCUACCCAAAGAUGAAGUUAAUCAACCCUUCUUUUGUCCCAUACAUUUGAAAAGAGAUUACAUUAAUGAGCUACGUUAUUUUGCCUAUCACAAUACCGGUCUGCAUGUGGUCACCGUAAAUUUCAUAGGAGAAUUACAAAGAUUUUUAGAAAAUGAAGUCGAUUCUGAUAUCACCACCUUGUCGACACCCUCACAUGCUGAGUACAUUGUCUGCACUAAAAUCGAUACAGGAGAUAAUGUAAAUCCUGUUCUAGGAUUUGUUCUCUUGCAAAUGCCCGCUUGCAUUGUGUUGCUUUUAGGCAGUGGCCAAGUUAUGACUUUGAAAUUAGUUAUAGAUCCAAAAUUACUAAUCGAUGUACAGGGUACAUCCAAAGCUGAUAUGUUUCCAACAGAAAAUCAAGAUAUAACUCAAAAUCAGUUGAGUCAAGUAUUGGGUCCCUCAUUUGUGGAUCAUAUUAAAAAUAUGCUUAAACGCUCGGUUACCCAACCCAUAUUGUCAUUGGAUAAAAAUGCCAAUCCUUCACCACAAGAAUGUUAUGAAUUGUUGACACAGGCCGUGGAAGUAUUGCGUUCACAGUAUUUAAAACGCCACGAAUUGGUAAGAGCAGAAUUUGCCAAGCGCAUACACACGAUUAAACUAUGCAGGGAGCAACAGAAACAGGAUAUCAAAGAUUUGGAAAAGGAAAGAGAAACCAUAAGAGAUAAGGCACAUAAAUUGGCAGAAAAAUUUGAGGAGAUUAGCGAACAGCAGGAAGUUUUAAAUAAAGUAUGUCAAGAUCUUAUGCGCCAAGCCAAUACCUGUUUACCCAACAACACUUUGGCCGAAAAGGAAUUCGCCCUAGAGGUGGAACGCAUUAAUAAGCUAACCAAGAACAUGAAUAAUUCCCUACAGAAGUGUAAAGAAUCCAUCAAUAAACAGUGCUAUCAUAUUGCCAAAUAUGGUGAGAAUGCGAAAAAGAAAACUUUCGAAUUACCCGAAACCCAAGAAAAAACAAUUAAAGAAAUCUUAUUGCAAAUGAAUGCAGAAAUUGAUGGACAAAUUAAAGAAGUCAAACGCAUAAACAAAGUUGUAGGCAUUUAAAUCAUUUAUGCCCUACUUUCUCCCUCGCCGAUUAAAUAUAUCAAUAUCUUCAUGAUCCAAUAAAAGAAAAACAAAGACAAUCAACAACUUUUACAAUUUCAACACGUAA